AUGAAAUGACGAAUCUUCACGACGACGAUGUCGAUCAGUGUACUUCUAAAGAACCCGAAGAGCCUGUGCCUGAAGAUAAGCACUCGAAAGCACUGAAAAAGAAAGGUGGCCGACCCAGAAAAGAGGAUCUGAUGCAGGUUCGACACUCGAAACUCGUUUAUGGUGAAAUUCCAGAUGACAGUGAAGAGCUGAGCUUGGAGGCGAAACUAAAACGCGAUAAACGACGGAGGGAUAAUCUGCUUGCAGCGGCACGAUAUCGACACAAGAAAGACGAACGAAUCAACGAGUUACGAAAAGGGAAUGAACAAUUGACUCGACGGUUGAAGGCUCUAUCNGCCAUUAUUCGAGAGCUGCGGCACGAAAUUGCUCGCGUUGAAUCAAUCUACAAGAGAGUUGCGGAGGAGAAUAUCGAUGUGCGAACGGAGCUGGAUAAAGUGACUCAAUCUGAGUUGAACUGCAGUGAACGAAUGCCUGAUGAAAUGGACACAGAACAGUCUUCCAGCUCAACUCCACCGCAAACAGCGCAGCCAUCUCACGAAUCAAUGUCACCGUCAGGGUCUACACCGAUGGAACGAUGCGAUAAACCUGCGAAAGGUGUUGUUGUGAUACCGGCAACGGCAGUGAUGCGCAAUUUCCUCUUACAAAAUCCAUCCAGAUCAAUCCUACAG